UAAAUAAAUGACCACGCCGAUCCAUCGACUGGACGCACUCUUGAAUCAGUUGCGAAAAACUGCUCUCCUCGUUCGGAACUGUGCGUGCGUGCGGCUAAACGGAAGUGUUUAAAUAAAUUUCAAAAUUAUGACGUCACUUUGGCUUUGGCUGAUUAUAACCUUGAUGCUAGCGUGGGAGACGCGGCAAGCGCCAGCUAAUAUACAAGAUUCAAUAAGUGCAACAACAUCAACAAUGGCUGUAGAAAUUACUCAGCAAGCGGAUGUGCGCGAAAAACGGAACAUUGAAGUGCCGCCACCGGAAAUUUUACGUUUUAUGCGUCGCUUUGGCUACUUGGAGGCCAAUCCCAGCGAUUCGGAAUCACUUUAUCAUGAGUCGGCGAUUAUCGAAGCUAUAAAGAAUGUACAAAAAUAUGGUGCGCUCAAUCAGACGGGCGAGCUGGACAAUCAAACAUUGGAGCUCUUCAACAAGCCACGCUGCGGCGUCCCUGACAUUGAAGGAACUCCCUAUUAUCUGACAAGCAGUACACAGCGCUCUUAUAUGCAAAGCAUCAGAGACAGAAGGAGUGAGUCACGCGAAGGAAGUGAUUUUCGUAUGCGGCGCAAACGUUUUGUGGUCGGUGCGCCUACUUGGAAGAAACGGCGCUUACGUUACCACAUCAGCAAUUGGUCCCGGAAAAUACCGAAAUUUCAAGUGGAACGUGACAUCGCGCGAGCUCUAGAGCUAUGGGCCCGAUAUAGUGGACUUAGAUUCGAACGCGUCAAUAACACCGAUGCCGAUAUAAUCAUAUACUUUGGCACACGAUACCACGGAGACAACUUUCCAUUCGAUGGAUCUGGCAAUAUACUGGCGCAUGCUUUCUAUCCCUAUGAAAUGGGUUCUUGGGGUGGUGACGUACACUUCGAUGAGGAUGAAAACUGGAAAGAAAACUCCACUGAUCUAGCGACAGGUGUGGACUUUUUUGCAGUGGCAGCGCAUGAAAUCGGGCAUAGUUUGGGUUUGGCGCAUUCACCACACUACAACUCAAUUAUGUUUCCAUACUAUAAAGGUCCAGGAGCGGGUACAACACUCGAUUAUGAUGACACGCUGGCGAUGUACACGAUAUAUUUGACUAAAGUUUUGGAAGAUGAUGUGAAUGUGGUGAUCACACCCGAAGAGCCGCAGAUAACGGUAACAACCCCCAGAGUACAAGAGGAGAAAAAGGAGAGAUCUACACAGACAAAAAAGAGCACAAUGCCCACUUUCCGAGACGAUUACGAAACUGUAAGACAACAUAAAAACCGUUUCGCUGGCAGCACUACAAAACUAACGGAACUAUCAUCAUCAACAAGCAGUACAGAUUUACCACCAAUACCAACGCUGCCUACUUUAUGGCCCAAACCGGAACUUUCAAAGUUACCAAAUAUAUGUCUGGGCAAAUUCGAUGCCGUGAGCGUGCUAAAUGGAACGGUACACGUUUUCAAGAAUGAAUAUGUCUACAAGUUAACGCCACGUUAUACAGUUAUGAACGGAUAUCCGCUGAGCAUUUAUGAAAUGUUUCCAUUUCUACCGGCCGAUGUCAAGCAUAUUGAUGCUGCAUAUGAGCGCUACGAUGGCGCCGGCGUAUUUUUUACAGGUGACAAAUAUUGGGUUUUCAGCUAUGCAAAGAGCAACAAGCGUCCAACGCUCAUCGACAAUAGUCCACUACCGUUAGAAAACUUGAUUGAUUAUGUGCCACAAAUUGAUGCUGUUAUGUUGUGGCCUAAAAACAAUCUCACAUAUUUGUUUGCUGGCGAGCGAUUUUGGCGUUAUAAUGAUCAUUUGAAAAUGCUGGAUGUUGGCUAUCCAAAGCCUAUGCGACGCUGGCGCGGCAUCCCUGGCCAUAUUGAUGCAGCAGCGACGCUGAACAAUGGCAAAACUUAUUUCUUCAAAGAUAAUCUUUAUUGGCUUUAUGACAACGCCAACGUACGACCGAUGCGUGGUUAUCCCAGACGCGCUUCAAGCGCUUGGUUGCAUUGUGUUGCAACAACAAGGAGGACAUUACGAAAUUACAAUACAACAGUUACUUUUAUUGCGCCUUCUUCAGCUUUGACUUGA